CCUCCGUUCAGCUCUCUGCGACCGGCGGGCACGAAGAGGCGAGCGCGAUCGGACCUCCCGGGUUUGCGCGCGUGUGUGUGCGUUCGCGUGCGUUCCUCGCUCACCUGGAUAUAUCACGUGAUCGUGCACCUGGGCGUGGAUCUAGCGUGCGAUCUGUUAUUUUGUAGCGGGAAUCCCGGAACCGCAGCUCCGCGGCGCAGCUGGAAUGUGAACUUUCCGCGCACCGACACCAGGAAUAUAUCCGACGGAUUUCUAAAGGCAGUCCGAGAGCCAAGUGAGAAGACGAGUUUGGCGAGAAACAAACAUCCAAAAGAUGUUUCUCAUAGAUGUCGGAGGAGAGGAAUCCUGAGAGGAAACAGAUUCAGCCCAUCGUAGUCCGAAAUGGCGGGCUGGUUGCCGGUGGUCUUACUUGUGCUGCAUGGGAUGCCGGUUUUCUCAGAGGAGAUCGUAUUGGAGUUUUCCACACACACGCCCAUCAAUAACGUGGUACAGGACCCCAACACCGGACGUGUCUACUUGGGGGCGGUCAAUGCCAUUUACCAACUGGACUCUUUAUUAAACCUGGAGGCCAGAACUGAAACGGGUCCCAAAAAGGACGCAAAGGGUUGUACGCCUCCAGUAUCUACAUGCCAGGACUUGAUAGACACAAACAACACUAAUAAACUCAUACUGGUUAAUUCUGCGAACGGGUCGUUGAUCGUUUGCGGGAGCUUGUACCGAGGAAUCUGUUCUCUGCUCAACCUCACGAAUGUCAAAGAACAGAUAUACUACAGCGACAGCAAAGGCGAGCGGACCUACGCCGCCAGCACCGAGGACCACGUCUCCGUAGUGGGCGUCAUGGCCACGCUCGUCGUAGAUAAUACACAAUUUAACGUGUUUUUGGUUGGGAAGGGCUACGGAAGCAUGGACAGCUCUAAACUCAUCAGCACCAGAAUCGUGCAGAACUAUCGCGACUGGGUCGUGUUCGAAAGCAUCAUCGAGUCGUCCAUGGUCCAGGCAGUGCCCUUCGCGGCCAAGUACAUGCACGAUUUUCGCUUCGCGUUUAAUAGCAACGGAUUCGUGUACUUUAUCUUCUCGCGCACCCUCGGAGGAGCAGAUAAUAAAAACUUCACAUUCAUUUCUCGCCUCUGCGAGAAUGAUUCAAUGUAUUAUUCCUACACGGAACUUCAGCUCAGCUGCGGUCAAAAUAAUCGCUACAAUAAAGUCCAGGCCGCGUACGUCACGGAGCCGGGGAAAGAGCUUGCACAUCACAUGUCCGACUCGGGAGAGUACGGAAAUGUGCUGGCUUGGGAUAAAGUCCUGUUUGUUUUGGCCAGUUCGGAGGAUGGGGGCUCUGUGAAUUUACCCACAGUAGAGUCCGCUCUGUGUAUGUACCCCCUCAAAAAAAUUAACCAGAAACUGCUGGAAAUGGUCAGAGCUUGUUACAUGGACGGGGGCGAGAUUGAUGGCAAGUUAGUGGUUGAGAGUCCUUACACGUCCAACAAACCCAAACUGUGUGUCAAACAUGAUAAAACCAUCGUUGAAAAAUUUAGUUGUGGAGCCGAUUUCCUUCCAUCUCCAUUGGCCAGUCAGCAGGACUUCGCUUUGAAGGCAAAUCCAUUCUUCACCAGACCGAAUCUGCUGACGGCGGUGGCUGUGGCGGAAGAGAACGAUCACACCAUUGCGUUUCUGGGCCACAACCCAGGAGAAGUGAUCAAGGUACAUUUGUCAGCCCAACCGGAGGCGUACAACCCUGGUCCGGGCUACAAAACCGGCGGCAACAUAAAUAAAAACCUUUUCUUUGACAAAGACCAGACGCACUUGUACAUCACCACAGAGAAAAAGAUCACGAAGGUGCCCGUUCAGACCUGCCAUCUGAAAACUGACUGCCAGUCGUGUGUGGCACAGAGAGAUCCAUACUGCGGCUGGUGUGUUCUGGAAGGAAGAUGCACCAGGAGAUCGGAGUGCGGCCGCGCGGAGGAAAAGAACGGCUGGCUGUGGAGUCCAAACCAACAGUGUGUGAAAAUCGUCUCCUUCCACCCGCCAAAUCUCAGCUGCUUGAAGUCCCAGCAGGUGGAGAUCAUGGUCCGACUGCUGCCCAUCCUUCGAGAAUCCGACCGUAUCAAAUGCAUUUUUGGCUCUCAUAAUAGCCCCGGCAGGAUGGUGGACGGCAGGGUGAGUUGCGGCCUACCUGAGCCGCAUCUUAUACCAACCACACCUGACCACAAAGAUUUUGUUGCGGUCCCAGUCAAGAUCUUCGUAAACGGCAGCGUGCAGGUGGCGUCCAGCGAGUACAAGUUCUACAACUGCGCAGCGACUGUUCGUAAAGCAGAAAAUACACCGUGCACAUCCUGUGUGAGCAGCUCUUGGGGGUGUCAGUGGAACGUCGCGGCCCACACUUGCACCGAUCUGAAUGAUGCGGAGACCGGAGCCAAUAUCAUCAAACCCAAACAGGUGAAGAGCUGUCCGCGGUUCGAGAACCCAGAUCCCGUUCUUAUCCCGGUGGGAUAUAAAACACGGAUCAGUUUUGAGGGCAUCAAUUUGGACCCGUACAAGGGCCGUGAUUUUGUCAUCGGAACAGAGCUGGUGAAGAUAGAGGAAGAUGUGAAGGCAGAUUCGGGACCCUUCUAUUCCUUUGGUGGAUUUGAGUUUUCCUUCGACAAAGCUCAAGAGACCAACAUUCUGUUCCACGUGAGGGAGAAAUACACGAAAAAGAUCGACAGCAGUCUUAAUGUGACUCUGUAUAACUGCUCUAUGGGACGUGAGGACUGCAGUCUGUGUAAAAACGCCGAUCCCAAAUACAUGUGUGUGUGGUGUACUCAGACCAGCUCGUGUGUGUACGAACAUCUCUGUGCCUCAAAGGAACCCGAGCAGUGUCCCGACCCGCAGAUCACUGACGUCACGCCAAAAUUCGGGCCCUUGAAAGGGGGAAUAAGGGUCACUAUUAAGGGCUCCAACCUGGGAAUUCAGAAAGAGGACAUCAAAAACAUCACGGUGGCCGGAGUGCCGUGCAAACAUCUCGGAGAACAUUACUCUGUAUCGACAAGUGUGGUUUGUGAGACCGGCCCGUCGAGUCUUUACAAAAGUGGAGAGGUAGAGAUAGACAUCGGUGGGGGGAAAAGAGGCGUGUCCACAAAAGCCGUCCGCUUCACCUACAGGGACCCUGUACCCAAGUUUGUGUCUCCUCUUCGGGCUCCGAAAGCUGGAGGCACCACGCUUACCAUUACCGGUGAUGGCCUGAACACAGGUUCAAGGGAAGAGCUUCAUAUCACCGUGGACAGCGUGCCCUGUGUAGUUCAGAGUUUUGGAGAUGUCAUCACUUGCAAGUUGGGCGAGUACAAAAGAGACACGAUUCCGUCUCCUCCUCUCACCGUCAUCGUUCACUACGGCAAAAACGCCAACAUCGAAGUGCCUCAGAAGGUCCGGUUCACCAACAACCCCUCUGUGUCCGACCAUCAACCCAGGAGCAGCUUCCUCUGUGGUGGCCGAAAAAUCACAGUGGUCGGUUCCGGAUUUGAACUGGUCCAGAAGGCCACCAUCAAGGUGGUGGCGUCCGGCAGUGAAUGGUCCAACCACACAACAGCGGUGGAGUUUGUGGAGGAGUCCACAUUUAAAAACGACACUAUGAUCAUGUUCAUGUCACCCGCUGUCAACGAGAGCUACUACUCCUCCACAACGUCCGUUUAUCUAGAUAACUACCAGAAAACCUUGACGCCGUUUGAGUACCACUCCGACCCGUACUUUGAUAAACUCAGUAAGACUGUCAUCACAGAGAACAGCAUGAUCAUCAUCACUGGUCAUGGCUUUUCCAAAGCGAUGACGGAGAAGGAGGCACAGGCGUUUGUGGGAGACGUUCAGUGUAACGUGAACACUCUACAGGAUGAUAAAUUGUUCCUGGAUCCACCCUCGACCGCACCCAGUGCUCGAUCCAAGAGACAGAAGCGAGACACGAGCGCAGACACGCUGGACCUGGUGGUUAAGUUUGGGAACGGCGAAUGGCUGGUAGGCAGUGUUCAGUACGAGAGGAAGUACAGUCUCCCGCUGCCCAUCAUCAUCCCUGCCGUGGUGGUCCCCAUGUUGCUGAUCAUUGCCAUCUCAGUCGUCUGCUACAGGAGGAAGAGCCAGCAAGCGGAGAGAGAAUAUGAAAAGGUGAAACAUCAGCUGGAAAAUUUGGAGGAGAGCGUUCGUGACCGCUGCAAAAAGGAGUUCACAGAUUUGAUGAUCGAAAUGGAAGACCACACAAACGACAUAAGCGAAGGUCGGAUCCCGUUCCUGGACUACAAGACGUACACAGACCGUGUCUUCUUCCUGCCCUCUAAAGAUGGAGCCAACGACGUCAUGAUCACCGGCAAACUGGACAUCCCAGAAUCCCGCAGGGCAACGGUCACCCAAGCGCUGAACCAGUUCUCCAACCUCCUGAACAGCAAAACGUUUCUCAUCAAUUUCAUCAGAACGCUCGAGAGCCGCCCGGAUUUUAACGCCCGGGCCAAAGUCUAUUUCGCGUCUCUGCUCACAGUCGCACUUCACGGUAAACUGGAGUAUUACACAGAUAUUAUGAGGACGCUUCUGCUGAGACUCAUGGACGAUUACGUACACAGCAAAAACCCAAAACUGCUUCUCCGCAGGUCUGAAACAGUGGUGGAAAGGAUGCUGAGUAACUGGAUGUCAAUCUGUCUGUAUCAAUACCUGAAGGACACUGCCGGAGAGCCGCUGUACAAACUCUUUAGGGCAAUAAAACAUCAGAUCGAGAAAGGGCCCGUGGACUCGCAGUUCAAGAAGGCCAAAUACACACUGAACGACACGGGCCUGCUCGGAGAUGACGUGGAGUACAGCGUGCUGACGCUGCAGGUGCUGGUUCAGGGGGAGGGGCCUGACAUCACACCCGUUAAAGUGUUGAACUGUGACACCAUCUCGCAGGUGAAGGAAAAAAUCCUCGAACAAGUGUAUAAGAAUCUGCCCUACUCACAGAGACCCAAAGUAGACAGCGUUACACUUGAGUGGCGUCCGGGUUCGACGGGACAGAUUUUGUCAGAUCUGGACGUGACGACUCAGAAGGAAGGCAAAUGGAGACGCAUCAACACGCUGGCACAUUAUAACGUACGAGACAACGCAACAGUGGUCCUCUCCAGAGUUCAGCACACACAACAGUCAUACGACCAAAAUCACGACAACCAUGAAGAGAGAAAUGCCCUGCUGGAGGACGAUAAAGUUUUCCACCUGGUGCGACCGGCGGACGAGCUGGAUGAGAUGAAAUCUAAGAGAGGCAGUAUAAAGGAUAAAUCCAUGACUAAAGCCAUCACAGAGAUAUAUCUCACACGACUGCUCUCCGUCAAGGGAACGCUGCAGCAGUUCGUGGACGAUGUCUUCAGCAGCGUGCUCUGUUCUGUCGCCGUGGUCCCUCCGGCCGUUAAAUACUUCUUCGACUUCCUGGACGAGCAGGCCCUUAAACACGAGAACGUAGACGAGGAGACCAUACACAUCUGGAAAACCAACAGUUUGCCCCUGCGUUUCUGGGUGAACAUCCUGAAGAAUCCCCACUUCAUUUUCGAUGUGCACGUAAGCGAGGUCGUGGACGCCUCCCUGUCCGUCAUCGCUCAGACCUUCAUGGACGCCUGCACGAAAACCGAGCACAAGCUCAGUCGGGAUUCUCCAAGCAACAAAUUACUCUAUGCAAAGGAGAUCUCCAACUACAAACGGAUGGUAGACGAGUACUACAAAGGAGUCCGAGAGAUGGUGCCGGUCAGCGACCAGGAGAUGAACACACACCUGGCUGAAGUGUCACGGGCGCACACGGAUAAACUGAACACACAGGCUGCACUUCACCAGCUCUAUCGAUAUGCAAGUAAAUACUACGAUGGGAUCAUCACUUCUCUGAACGAGGAUCCUGCCGCUCAGAGUAAACAGUUAACUCUAAGACUCCAACAGAUCAAAGCCACUCUGGAAAACAAAGUGACCGACCUUUAACUCUAUCGGUGGAGAAAGAGAGAGAGAGUGACUCUCUCUGCGUGUGUCUAGCUUAUAACUAUAAUCAGAUGUUCAAUUUCUUCUUGUGUAGAGAAAAAGGUUUUAAGAAUUGUAUUCUAUAUUUUUUUUAAUGUGCAGUCUUUAUGCAGAAAGCUUUAUAAGAGGAAAAUAACUUUUUAAAUAGACAGCCUUGUGUCAAUUGUUUUUAAAGCUUCUGUGUGUGUGUGUGCAAGAGUGUGUGUGAAACAAGAUGCCUAUAUUUUGACCAAAAGGGACAUUCACUAAUAGGAGUCUGGGGCAUACGUUCUGUCUGAAGUGAGGGCGCGUUUGGUAUCAUCCAAUCAGAAACAGCUGAAGGUGACAUCACAAGCAUCACUUUCCAGUACUAUUUUAGAGUAGAAGGCAGUGUGCAGUGCAUAUUUCACUAUAUGUACUAAGCAGUGUGCUAGGAUUUCGAACACAGUUGGUAAAAUCUAAUGGACCAAAUAGCAGAACCACAUAAAAUUUAGGUGUUUGUAUUUUACCAGACGCUAAAUCCAAAACAACGUACAGUGCAUUCGAUAACACAGUGCUCCACUAACUGAGCUAUAGAAACAUAAUCAAUAAGCAAAAAUGAACAAUUCGUCGUAAGGCGGUUCAUUUUUGUAUACUGUAUGAUGGUACCUUUGAAACUUUUUUUUUGGUUUAUUUUCAAAUGGUUGGAAACUGACUGAAUUUCUUAUUUACAGUUUGGCACAUUUGAUAAAAAAUUUACUUUCAGCCUGAAGUUACCCCUUAAAAAAUAUUGUUAAAGUGAAGAUGACUCUCUAAGUAUUUUAAGGUUUGUUAGUGCAAAAGUACACAAUAAAAUGACAAUUUAUUAAUUUUGGUUAAAAUUUAACAAAGACUAGUUAUGAAACGGUACAUAAAAAAUCUGCUUUCCUAUUAAAAAUUAUGAUUUCGCAAUGUCAUCAGUUUCAACCCACGUGAAGAAAGGUAAAUAAAGUAACCUGCGGUUUUAUAUUUCAAACAGAGAUGGAAAUAUAGAGGCAAAAGUCGCGGAUUGCAGCUUUAAAUACUGUACAUACACUUGCAUAAAGUAUUAUAAUUAUUAUUCAAGACUUAAAGACAGUUUGGCGAGCAAUGAGAGUUGGAAAAACUUUGAUUUGAUUCUUUCUGGCCUCAAAGUUUUUGUUUAAUUAGAUGUUGAUGUGGAAUGUUAAUGCCUUUAUUUUGGCAGCGAGUAUAAUGAUGCACUAAUUUGUUUGUUGGGCGGCACGAAACAACAUGGUAUGAUAAUCAUGGCCAAAAAUCUACUCGGAGAGAAGCUUGAAUCAUUCCUUGAAUAUAUAUAUAUUUUGGAGUCUAUGACAUCAUUUAGCAUCUUAAUACAUCGCAAGUGCAGCCAUUGUGUCACAAGCAAUUGCUAGUGAUAGAUAUAUAAUUUAAUCAAUUAGGGGGCGGGGCAUUCUCUUUCACAUACUGUUUUAUUGGGCCAAAAAGUGUGGUGCAGGAUGAGUCAUCACUGUUUUCUUUUCAUUUUUCUACCGAAAAAUACAGCCCUUGUUAUAUUAUAACAUUGACAAAUGAUACGUUGAUACAGUGUUGUCAUCGUCACCGAUCUGAGAGCAGCUUUUAGCGUGCUUGUGAUGUCAAACUUCACGAUUUGAGUUACAGGAUCUCAAAGCAAGUGACGUCUUUAACGUCUAGAUGCGAUUUUGACAGCAAGCAUUCAACAACAGAUGGCUUGUUGCGUCGGGCGAUGGGACUCGUUUGAGAGUCGGGCGGCUCGGUACGGUGCAGAGCGACGUGAAACGUCUUUGCAUGGCCCUCUCUCUCAUCCCCCCGCUUGAAUAAAACCAGCGGGGGAGUCGUUUGAUUGUAAUUGCAUGUGUGAUCUUGACUCCAUGCUUUAAAAUUGACUCUCUCGGUUUCUUUUAAGAGCACAAACACAGAUGCAAGUCUCUGUAGCUCCGUGUAAAACGCUUCUUUUAAGCCUUUCUGUAGCCAAAACGUGCCUUAAAGCGUUUAAGGGUUAUUGGUACGGUGGAGUUUUCUCGGGGUGGGGCGGUAGUCAUGGGUCAUUUAGAGGUCAGGGGUCGUGGGCUUUGUGAAGUGUGGUGUUAGACAUAUGUGCAGUAUUCUAAAGUGUGCUGUAGCCAGAAUAUGCCAAUAUAUUUGAACAUGCUGUAUGUAUAGAGCAAAAUCGCAGUUUUUGAAAAAUGUGCAAAUCUUUUGGGUGUUUGUGGCGUGUGUGUAUGCGUGUGCUUUUUAGGAGUUUUACUGCAUUGGAAACCCCUCGAGAGGAGUAAAUGUUUGGUUACUUGUCGAAUCAUUCCUCCGGAUGGCUGCCAUUUUGUUUGUUCUUUAUGCAAAAAGAGUUUAGCACAAAUGUUUUUAUGACUGUACCAACCCGAAUUUGUGUUUUAAUGUGGUGUAUGAACAAAUAAUCUGUACACGACCUUUUCUUACUGCUGUGCAGUUAAUACUAUUAUUUUAUGUCUUAAUGAAAAUAUAUACCUUUGUAUUAAAAAUGCAAUCUGUCCACACUGUUCUUUGUGCAUUACGCUCCGAGGAAACGUUUGUGUUUUUGUCAAGAUCUUUCGUUUUACUUUUGAAUGUGUCGAGAGCAAAGCAUUCUGGGACUGCGGGGGACUGAAGUAGAUGGUCGUGGCUCAUUCAGACGUGGCAGCUCUCAGAGGACUGAUGUCAUAAAUGUGAUCUGUGAGGUCACAACAUGCCAUCUGUUCCUUAUAUCAAUAAACAUACAUCUCCAUUU